UAGUUGGUUGAUUGAGUUGGGCUAGAAAUUGCCCUUGUCGCUACAUACGACACAACUUUUAAUACAAUUUUGAGGCCAACUUCAUUUUGAGUAUUCACUUCGUUGCUUAAACAUGAGUUCGGAAGUUGUUGGUUUACUUAUUAUACAUAUAUGACGCGCUCUCUUCGACAGCCGAAAUGAAAUGGCGAAAUCGUUUGAAAUCGCACGACCAACCCAAACACGAUCCAACUAACACAACCAACUUGACAAAAUAUCAAAAAAUUUUGAUUUUCAUCCAAUCAAUUCGAUGAAAUUAGUACAAUAAUUGGUGCGUGUAUGCCUUCCAUUAUAAACGUUCUCUGCUGGUAGUGCUGCUUCAUGAUUAAUCGAUUACAAGACUCCACCUGUCAAAAGCGCAUGGUUAUCAAAUAAAUAAAUAUAUUCGAAAGGAUUAUAAACAAAUAUACGAAGUAAAUUUAAAUCCUGGUUGAAAGAGGAACUACAAAUUAAUAAACAUGGGAAAAGUCAACAAAAACAUCCGCAUGAAAGCCAAGGCUGCAGUAUCAAAAGCGGCUACCGCCACCAACAACAUUAAAACAAAAAUACAAAAUGUUGGCAAGAAAGAUGAUACGGGUGUCCUCGAGGACACACUUCUCCUAACUAAGACGCCUACUAAGAAAAAAGCAAUUACCAAACGCGAGAAAGUGCGCCAGAAACAUAAACAUCUAAUGAAUAAAUUCGCAUUGAUAAAAAAGCAACGUAAAGAGGAAGCAGCGCGCAAAAACAGAGAAAAGACGGCGGUUAUAGGUGACUUGAAGCCUCUGAAAGAUGCAUUACCCUCCUUAGAUGAACUAUUUAAAUUAAGUAAGCAAUCUGAUAGUAAGACGGGAAUAAAACACAUCGAUGAGCCGACAUCUAAGGAGAAUCCAAAAGAUGAUAAGAAAUUGAAUGUUAAGCAAAAGUUGAAGAAAAAGAAAGAGAAAUUUGUACGACAAGUUAGCUCUUACCAGGCCCUUCUGAAAGAUCCAGAUUUUAAGAAAAAUCCUCGUGAUGCAAUUUCCUAUCAUAUAAAAUACACACGUGGCCUUAUAGAUGAAUAAAGCAGAACUAACUAUAUAUGUA